GCCAGCGAUGUAAAUAUCUCCCAGUCCAUGUGAACUUCUUUCUCCUCUUCAGACGAAUUCCUUUCCUACCAAGCGUUUCUCGCCAAGUAGAGUGGAGAAGGCAUUCAUUGACGGGGUGGGCAUCAACCACUCUCUGCAGUUUUCCGUCUUCUAAAGGUCCCAUCUGUUAUCUUUACAAGAUUGACAUUUGUACAUCUCCUCACAGAAAGAGAAGAGGAGACGCAGACACCAACCAAGAAAAAAGGGUUUGUGUCUCCUCUUAAAUUGAUUGCAAAGGCCUUCUCCAGGGCCUUAGAGAAGAGAAGAAGAGGAAUCAGAUGGAAUUUGAGAGCAGCAGUUGGAUAAAAGAUGGGGUUUAUUUCUACCCGCAUCUGUUUGGUGGUAUAAUGAUUACUUGUGCACUCCUCAGUUUUUCCACUAGCUACUUUGGUAUGAUUAGUGUUCCAACAAUGCCUCACCUUUUUCCUGACUUGAGGGGUUUUCAUAAGAAGAAAUCUGCAAAGAAACGUGUUCGUGUGUAUAUGGAUGGAUGUUUUGAUCUGAUGCACUACGGACAUGCCAAUGCAUUGAGACAAGCAAAGGCACUGGGAGAUGAAUUGGUUGUUGGAGUUGUAAGUGAUGAAGAGAUCAUAUCCAAUAAAGGCCCUCCAGUUUUAUCUAUGCAGGAGAGGCUGGCCCUUGUUAGUGGGUUGAAGUGGGUGGAUGAAGUCAUUCCAAAUGCUCCUUAUGAAAUUACUGAAGAAUUUAUGAAUCGACUUUUCAAGGAGCAUAAGAUUGACUACAUUAUACAUGGUGAUGAUCCAUGCCUUCUUCCUGAUGGAACUGAUGCUUAUGCUCUAGCAAAGAAAGUUGGUCGCUACAAGCAGAUCAAACGCACGGAAGGCGUCUCCAGCACAGAUAUUGUAGGAAGAAUACUUUCCUGUAUUAAGGAUGCUAAAUCUGAGGAAGUAUGCUUGGAAUCAUCUGGUGAAUUUGAUAACUCAAACAACACCCAGCAUAACACAUCUUUUACUAAUGGUGGCCAUAUAUCUCAUUUCCUACCUACUUCCAGACGAAUUGUGCAAUUUUCAAAUGGCAAGGGGCCUGGACCAAAUUCUCGUGUUGUUUACAUUGAUGGGGUAUUUGAUCUUUUUCAUGCUGGGCACGUGGAGAUUCUAAAGAGAGCCAGACAACUUGGAGAUUUUCUUCUUGUCGGUAUUUACGCUGAUCAGACUGUUAGUGAGCUCCGUGGGAACCAUUUCCCUCUAAUGAAUCUCCAUGAGCGUAGCCUUAGCGUACUGGCAUGCCGUUAUGUUGAUGAGGUUAUUAUUGGUGCACCCUGGGAAGUUACUAAAGAUAUGAUUACAACUUUCAACAUAUCUUUGGUCGUGCAUGGGACGAUUGCAGAGAAAAAUCCUCUGUUGAAUGGCGAGUCAGACCCCUAUGUGGUUCCGAAGAGUAUGGGAAUUUUCCAAAUGCUUGAGAGCCCAGAAGAUAUCACUACAACUUCCAUAGCCGAAAGGAUUAUUGCCAACCACGAGAUUUAUCUGAAACGAAAUGCCAAGAAAGAAGCAAGCGAAAAGAAAUAUUAUGCCGAGAAGAAAUAUGUAGCUGUGGACUGAAGGCACCUGAAAAAGAAUUGCAAUUAACAAAAUUUGAGAUAUAUCUCUCCUCUCAAGGUGACUGACAUGAUCUAAGAGAAGCUACAUUGCAGUAAUUUUGUUCUUUGAAAUCUAUGAAGGCCAAAAUGGCAAAAUACAAAAACACAAGCUAGGCCGGUGAUUUGAUUUAGCGGUCUGCUUCGGGUAUCUAUUAAAUUAUUGAUAAUUAGUUAUAGAGUUAAUCUUUUAGAAGUUUUUACCAUAGUUAUUGUAAAUUGGCCGAUAUCACUUGAUUACUCAUGCCAUGGCGCACUUCUUGCUUUCAUUCGUAUGUAUGCCUCAGUCUUAGAACUGGAGCGGAUCGCCAUCGAGGUUUUUACACCUUGUAUGUUUGUUUGUUGUUGUUGAUGUAAGCUUGAAAUUCAUUCUAGCUUUUAGGAAACUUGUUUGACUUCGUUUUGUUUUUUAAUUAAAUAUACAAUUUUUGA